AUGCAUCUACCUGCGCCGCUGUAUUUCCAAGUUUCUAUUAAAAUGUUACACUACUUGAAGGGCAAAGUCGAAGAUUCUAGUCUCAAUGAAUCAUAG